GAAGUUUUGGUUGGUUGCCAGAAUGUUCAUCUUCCUCCACUGUCUCUCUCUCUUAGAGGUGCUCACCUCUAAUCAAGAACAGAUUCAUUCAAAUCCAAGUUUUUUCUUUGUUAAAUUUCGAAACCAUGUACCCUGGUUACACUGCUGAAGUUACAAGCUUAUCUCCUAAAGCAACAGAGAAGGAUGUUUACGAUUUUUUUGCUUACUGUGGUGCGAUCGAGCAAGUUGAAAUUUUCAGAUCUGGUGAAUCUGCUUGUACUGCAUAUGUGACAUUUAAAGAUGCUUAUGCUCUGGGAACUGCUGUUUUGCUCAGUGGAGCCACCAUUUUAGAUCAAUGUGUAUGCAUACAAAGUUGGGGAACAUAUACAGAUGAAUCUGAUCCUUGGAAUAUUUCAUCAUGGAUGCCUGAAGAUGAUUCUAGCUCAACACAGGCUUUUCAUAUGGGACAAUGCACCUCCACCCGGGGAGAAGCUGUAACAGUGGCUCAGGAAGUUGUUAAGACAAUGUUAGCCAAAGGAUAUGUUCUGGGCAAAGAUGCAUUAAUCAAGGCCAAAGCCUUUGACGAGUCCAGUGGAGUCUCAGCUACCGCCGCAGCUAAGGUUGCUGAGCUUAGCAAUAGAAUAGGGCUUACCGAUCAGAUUUAUGCUGGCAUGGAAGUUUUUAAGUCUGUGGAUGAUAAGUACCAUGUUUCAGAUAUCACCAAGUCUGCCGCAACUGUCACUGGGACAGCAGCUAUAGUCGCAGCGAGGGUUACGGGGAAAGCAGCCAUUGCAGCAGGUACCGCUGUAGCCAACAGCAGCUACUUUGCCAAAGGAGCGCUUUGGGUUUCAGACAUGUUGAAUCGUGCAGCCAAAGCUGCAGCUGAUUUGGGUAGCCAUGAUAGUAAAUAAGUACAUUUAGUUUGCUUUACCCUUUGUUGUUGUACACAAACAGAUAAAAUUGCAUGUCGUAAGACAGGCACAACCCUUGAACAAUAACAAGGCAUGUCUCUUCAAACA